GCGACCGUGAAGUCGAGUUCCAGUGCUUGAUGUAUACACAUCCAGGGUUUGCACUGUUGUUUGAGCCCCACGGGAGCAGGCGCUGCCUGCUAGCACCUUAGAUACCUGCAUCUGACCCCUGUUCCUGGUGCUAGCCCCGGAUAUUGGCAGGGUUGGCUCCUCAUCUCUCAUCUCAGACUUUCUCAGGCUGCCCAGACCAACUCGCGCUCUGUCCCUAUCCCUCGCAUCGCCUCCUUAUUCACCUCCUGCGUCCUCGCACAAGAACUGAAGUCCUUAGGAGGCAGGGCCAACCCUGUUCCCUCCCAGGAGCCGAGAAUGUGGCAGGGUCCCCUGAUGUGCUAUGUCCACAUGGAUACCAAGAUCAGUUCUGGGCCGAAGCGGCCAGCGCAGGGGCUGACCGCUCGGACCUCACUCCUCCCAGGGGUGAGUGGGCGACGCUGCCUCACGUCAUUGUCCUGCCCUCCAAGGCUCGCGCUCGUCCUCUGGCAGGACGUCCUGGCCCCGCAGGACGGGGGUGGCCUCCCAGGUAGGGCUGCAGUCGCUAAGUCCGAAGCGGCUGGCUCACCUCACUGAGCCCGGCUGGACAUGGGGCCAGCGGUCGCCGAGGCCAGGGAACCACCAAAGAGUCAGGGCGAGCCUACCGCGAGCAGUCUCCGCUCGGGCCCUCGUGCAGUUCCGCUUAGGCCGGCGGCGCAGGCCACUUCCGGCAGCGGUGCACCAUGGGACUUGCAGUUCGCGGGCAAAGGUUGCGUCUCGGGCGUGGCAGCCGCGCUGCAUGUUGGGAGCUGUAGGCGCCGCGUGGCAUGCUGGGGGCGCUAGGUACCGAAGGCAGAUGCCGUCCCUUUGGGCUCGCUUCUUCCGUCGCCACCACGAGUUUCGGGGGACCUUCGCCCCACGCUAUAAGAGCAGCCACUUCCGGAACUACUGCCCUUCGCCUGUGCCGCGGAAACUGCCCGAGGGGGCGGGGGGGGAAGUGUCAAUGGCUUUUCCUCCGUCGUCAUUGACUGAGCGCCUCGUGACGCCAUUCUGAGGCGCCUCAUGCGGCGCCCCGCUCGGGUCCCGGAGGCUUCUGGGUAGCGGUUUACCCCCGCCCCUUGCGUCGGCGCCUUCCUUUUCCUCCCUGACACUGCCGAGGUCGCACGCGUGAGGCCUCUCCGCCGCCGCCGCACACGCCGCCGCGAUGCGCUACGUCGCCUCCUACCUGCUGGCUGCCCUCGGGGGUAACUCCUCCCCCAGCGCCAAGGACAUCAAGAAGAUCUUGGACAGCGUGGGCAUCGAGGCGGACGACGACCGACUCAACAAGGUUAUUAGUGAGCUGAAUGGAAAAAACAUUGAAGACGUCAUUGCCCAGGGUAUCGGCAAGCUCGCCAGUGUACCUGCUGGUGGGGCUGUGGCCGUCUCCGCUGCCCCAGGCUCUGCAGCGCCUGCUGCUGGUUCCGCACCUGCUGCAGCAGAGGAGAAGAAAGAUGAGAAGAAGGAGGAGUCUGAAGAGUCAGACGAUGACAUGGGAUUUGGCCUCUUUGAUUAAAUUCCUGCUCCCCUGCAAAUAAAGCCUUUUUACACACAC